GACAGUUUUGAACGAAUCGUGCUUGUGUUUGGAUUGUCACGUUGUUGUCGCUGCCGACGCCGAACAGUUAACAGUUAACAGUUCUUGUUUUUGUUUUUGUACGUGCAUUCUGCAAAAAAAAAAAUAUAUAAAAUUAAACUUGUGUUUCACAUUAGAUUUGUGUUAACGACACAGUCGACAUUUCGCACAACGACGACAACAAGUGACAGACAGCGAUAACAGUGCACACGUUAACAGCGCGCCAACAACAGACGUUUAGCCAUGACACAAACCCAGCAUACAACGCGCAGUUGCAGCAGCAGCAGCAGCGAUUUACAGCAUGCGCAGCAGCGACGUCGACGCCAAAUGCCAAAGCAAAUUUCGGCACUGCUGCUGUUGCUGCUGUUCAGCUGCGGCGCAGCCGUUACGACUGCCGCCGCGACUGCGCAGUCGCGCAUCUAUGCGCGGCCGCAGCGUGCAAUAGACGACGCUGCCGCCGAAGUCGAGGCAGCGGAGGCGACGAGCUGCUGCCAGGGCGCAGCAGCCGCAUCUGUUGAGCCUGUCACGCUCGCGCUGGAGUUGGGCAAUUUGACGGCAGAAUUUGGCGAAGCUGAUGGCUCCGGCGAGUCCUCUAAGGAGAACUUCAAGCGCAGCGUGUCACCUGCUGCUGUGCGCAAUGCAACGCCCGCGAGCUGCUCGCCACAGCCCACCAUUGUGGAGCUGAAGCCACUGACGGAGCAGGCCGGCGAGCAGACGGCAUCGAAUGUCUACUAUACGCCGGCGUGCACGCGCAUCAAUCGAUGCAAUGGCUGCUGCGGCUCCACGCUGAUCGCGUGCCAGCCGACGCAGACGGAGACGCUGCAGCUGCGCGUCCGGAAGGUGGAGCGUUUUGGGGCCAGCAGCAAGCGUGUAUCUGCCAUUGUCAGUGUGGAGCAGCAUUUGGCCUGCAAAUGCGAUUGCCGCAUCAAGGCCGAGGACUGCAAUGCGUAUCAGGAGUAUCGCAAGGAUCUGUGCCGCUGCGAGUGCCAAAACACGGAUGCCCGCGACAAGUGCCUGGAGCAAUCGGAUCACAAAUACUGGGACGAUGCCAACUGCACCUGCGCCUGCCGCUACAAUCAAUCCUGCACCACCGGCACCGUCUUCGAUGAGACGCAAUGCAAAUGCACUGAUCCAUCGGCGCCCAGCGAUGUGGCGGACCGCAGACGCUUCAUAGUACAGGCCGUUGCCGUGGAGCCGGACAACAGCACCCUCUACAGCGUCUAGGAGAGAUUCUUCGGGCCGUUCGUACUGAAGUUUACUAAAGCAUACACAAAUUACACCUAUACGUAAUUUAAAGUACUUUAUAUUAUUUAUAAAACACAUAGCUUUACUAUCUUAUCUAGCUAUACAGCCCGUUCAUAUAUUUCAGUAUUCCAUCUUUUGUUUUUUUUUUUUUUUGGUUUGUCCAUUAAUUUUAAAAGCGAUUUUCAUGUAUUUGUUUUUUUUUUCUAAAUGGGAUUUUGUGUAGCUCCCAGAAUUCGUGCAUUCCAUUUAAUUAUGUGUGUGUUUUUUUCAUUUGCAUUAUUUAAGUUUUAAAGUUUUCGCAUUUUACACAACAUCUGUCAAUCGUAGCUCUAAGACUUAAAUAACAAUCACAGUUCAAUUGUCGUCUUUAUGCGAACCAAUUGUAGGCGAGUUACUAUAAUUAUUAAUUAUAUGUAUCAUUAUUCCGUGUCCGUUACAUGAAAAAAAAAUCAAUUAAUAAUGAAGAUACGUCAAACGAAAAUAGCAAUGUUUUAUUCGAUUUGUGAAUUAUUUGGAUUUCGGCCCAUAUAAAAAAAAAAAUAUUGUUUGUUAUUUAAAUUCACAGAUUUGUGUUGGCUUAUGCCAAAGCUUUGCGAUAAAUAAUGUAAUUAAAGUGUGCUAAAAAAA